CCUUCUCCCGGGAUUUUUUCACAACUCUUGAAGGACCAUUUUUUUUUCUUUAAACCGUACUAGAGGUUCAGAAGACGAUCAGUGUGCGAGUCCAGAUAAUCGCGAGCGAAAGAAAAAGCAUUUUCGUGUUCUUCGAGAAUUUUCUCUGCACUUCUCUGUUAUGAUGUCGUACUCCAGGAGGUCAAGGUAUUCUCGUUCUCCGUCCCCCAACAAGCGAUACAGUAGGUCAGUCUCGAGGUCUGUGUCUGUGUCAAGGUCAAGAAGUCGGUCAAGGAGCCCUUCAAGUGAUGUUGAUAAUCCUGGUAACAAUCUGUACGUGACAGGGUUGUCGCCUCGGAUCACGAAGCGAGAACUUGAGAAGCACUUUGUGACCGAGGGAAAGGUUGUGGAUGUUCAUCUUGUGGUUGAUCCGUGCACGAGAGAAUCCCGUGGUUUUGGAUUUGUUUCGAUGUCCAGUGUUGAGGAGGCUGAUCGCUGCAUCAAGUAUUUGGACCGCUCUGUACUUGAAGGCCGUGUAAUCACAGUGGAGAAGGCUAGGAGACGAAGAGGGCGUACUCCUACUCCAGGACGGUAUCUUGGCCUAAGAACAAUACGUGUGCGUCGACGAACUCCAAGCUACUCUCCUCGUCGAUCUCCUAGCUACUCUCCAAUCAGGAGGAGCCGGAGUCGCUCACCCCCAUCGCUGGAUAGAAGUAGGAGUAGAUCAUACUCUCCUCAGUACAGCCAUAGGAAAUCAUACUCUCCAUAUUACAGACGAAGGUCAUAUUCCCCUUAUUAUACGAGGCGCAGAUCAUACUCUCCUUAUGAAAGUCGACGCAGAUCCUACUCUCGGUCACGGUCCCCUUACAGCAGAUCACCAUUGCGCUGUCGUGACCGGUACUACUCUCCUUAUAACUCCAGGGACUACUCACCAGAUGAUCGGUAUUAUGGAAGAAGAUAUCGCUCCAGGGACUAUUCCCCAGAUGGCUCCUGCUAUGAGAGAAGAUAUCGCUCCGGGGACUAUACCCCAGAUGACUCCUACUAUGAGAGAAGAAGAUACCGCUCCAGGGAGUAUUCCCCAGAUGAGACUUACUACGAGAGGAAGCAUUGCUACCGUUCCCGCAGUGUCUCGCCAAGGGCAAGGCGGAGCUCAAGAAGGAGCUACUCACGCAGUGUCUCACCUAGACCUAGAAGUUCAAGGAGGGUUUAUUUACGGAGCCUUUCUCCUGAUGGGAGAAGCUCAAGCAGUCGCCCCCCAAGUGCUUCUCCAAUUCGUAGGAGCUCAAGGUCUCGCAAAGGUUCAUCUAGGCACCACUCUCGGGGUAGCUACUCUAGGAGCAGAAGCUGGAGUCGGAGUGCGAGUGCAAGCUCUAGAUCUAUUUCGAGAUCUGCUAGUCCUAGAUCAGCCUCGCCUUCAUCAUGAGGAGUGAUUGUAUCUCCACCUAGAGCUGUCAUCCAUGACUAAGUGGCUGCAUAUUUGGUUCUCUUCAGAGUUGUGUCUAAAAAGAUUGAUCGUUGGUAGACAAUUUACUGUGUAUCUGGAGCUUCUCGUCUAUUAGAUAUCUAUUUUAGUGACAUUAAAUAAUUAGCGCGUGUAACGGGUGAUUUCUUGAACGUCUGUUUGCGCACCCAUGUUAUUGAUAUAUAAUUUUCAGAACUUGAGUUUAUU